CCUUAUCGCCGCCAGUCACCCACCCAACCCCCAGCACCCAAGACCCUCCCAAAGUCCCGAAGGCCGCCGCCGCCGCCGCCGCCGCCAUGGCCGCUCAGACCUUCCUCCUCGCGCCGCCCGCCGCCCUCUUCGCCGCCCCCUCUUCCUCCGCACGCCCUUUCCACUCGCUACGCCUCGUCGCCGGGCCCGGGGGUCCCGCCGCCGCCGCCAGGGCGCUCGUCCUCGCCGAUGCCACCAAGAAGGCCGUCGCCGUCCUCAAGGGCACAUCCGAGGUCGAGGGCGUCGUCACGCUCACGCAGGAGGACGACGGACCAACCAUUGUCAACGUCCGUGUCACUGGACUUACUCCUGGACUUCAUGGCUUCCACCUUCACGAGUUUGGCGAUACCACCAAUGGAUGCAUAUCGACAGGACCACAUUUCAACCCAAACAAUCUGACACACGGUGCGCCGGAAGAUGAAGUCCGCCAUGCGGGUGACCUGGGAAACAUUGUUGCCAAUGCUGAGGGAGUUGCUGAGGCAACCAUUGUUGAUAAUCAGAUUCCUUUGAGCGGCACAAAUUCAGUUGUUGGGAGAGCAUUUGUGGUUCAUGAGCUCGAAGAUGAUUUGGGGAAAGGCGGCCAUGAGCUUAGCCUCAGUACUGGAAAUGCUGGUGGAAGACUGGCAUGUGAUUGGUUGAUGUUUCUGAGUAGCAUCACUGGAAGACCGACUUUAAGCUUUAGUUCAUGGUUUGGCAUACCAGGGAACUUCAAGGUGUUGAGAAACUCCUUAGUGUACAUGUGUUCCAUACCUUUUGUUUUGCGCAGGUGUUGUUGGCCUGACUCCAUUGUAGGUUGCUCGCUCGGCGGAUUGCAGUUGAGACUUCAGUGUCACAUCCAUGGUGGCCUUCUAAAGGCUUCAAUCGUGUUAUUGGGGGCAGUGCCUUUUUUGUAUUACAUGAAUUUGCACCAUGCAUGGUGUGGUGGUUAAUAUAUAGCCUUUGCAGGUCGGUCGGUCGAUCAUAUAUAUAAAAAAGUAAUAUUUAUUUAGUUGAGGAAAUAAGUGUUGUCACAUGGAGUAUCAUCUAUGAAUUAAGCACUAUGAACAUCAAUCAACUCUUAUCGAGAUGUUUUGUUGUUGUACCAGCCUGUAAAACGUUUCAGCAUGUGUUUGUUAUGUGCA